UGUAUACAUUAUUUGUGAUGUACAGUAUUGUAAAUUUAUUACCAAACGUAUUGUUAAGUGAUGAAAAUGAAACGAAAAGUACGAGUACUUUAUCCUGUGAAUCCAGUUCGGAAAAAGGAAAUGGUGUACCGGUUUAUUCUUUGUAUAUAUUGGGAACUGUGACAAUACUCUUUCUUAUAGCAUUGAUAGCAUUAUCAGUAUACAUCCAUCUAAAGCUAAAGUGCAAGAAACUUGAAAUAACCACACGGCUGGAGAAUGGUACCCAGUGCCAGACAUGUAAGAAAAAGACUAAUUCAAAAAGUGAAAAUGAAAAUAACCCAUCACGAAAACGAAUACAGAGCAAAUCUGUUACUACUGAUUUUAAUACUCUUCGCAGUCCUAAGAAGCAAGAAGCAUCAGGUGAUAAGUCUCCUAAACUCACCACAGGUGUCGCUAAAGACUUGUCUUAUAUUUUACCUAAUCAGAUGACUUCAAUUUGUAACGAAGUAUUGAAACGUCCAGAUGAAAACGAUUCGGCAAGCAGUCUUCAUAAAAUAGACCAAUUAGUAAAUGAAGGAAAGCUUCAAGAUACGACUGCUGUAAAAUCUGCACCAAUUCCAAAUCUGGAUAUUUAUGACAAAGUUCCCAAAACUAAGUUUGGUAUAAACCUCAGUAAAAUGAGAGGUGGCAAAGCAGGCAAAGACAAACUAAAGGCAAAAUGUGAAAUAUAUGACUUUCCUAAAGAUCAAAGUUCAUUAUAUGAUUUUCCGAAACGAAAAGAUGGUAACAAAAAUCCAAAACCGAGUACAGACAUAUACGACUUUCCUAAGGAACACAAUUUUCUUCGUCAUUUACCUAAGUCGAAUGAUGGUAAAAAAUCAGAUGUCCCAAAUCCCGGAAUAUAUGACUUUCCUGCUUCAUCCAAACAUUUUAAGAUGAAAUGUAAAGAAUCCCAACAUGAUCAGACAAAUGCAAUGUCAUAUAAACAAAGUGCUAUUAUUAAAAACGAGUCUACAGAUGACAGCAUGGAUAAUAUUUACGUUAACGCUAAUGACCUAGAAAUGUUAUAAAAGUACAAAAAGUGAACAAUCCAAAUUGUUAAUGCAAUAAUCUAAACGUAUGAAUAUGUAAAGUUCAAAUAGUUGAAUGGUGUUAUUUAUAAACAAAAUCCAAGCCCAAUAAAGGAAUCGUCUAUACUUUUUGUCAAUGUUUUCUUUAGACGGCAUUUACAAAAUAUGGUUGAGUUUAGUAGAUUAGGGUAUAAUGGUUUUAGAAGUUCAAAAUAUGAUUAAAUUAAUUUUAUUGUAAUGAAUUAUAAUUAAUUAUAAUCUGUGUGACUUGAUCCCAA